CAUUAGGUUAUCAUCAACAUUGAAGGAGGAUCACAAGACACCUGUCCUCCAUCCACAAUGGACACAAGGAUCAUUGUCCUGAUAUUCCUAGCAUUAACACUAGCAUGUGGACGUUCAGCAAGAACCAAGAAGAUUGAGACUCGCUACGAACCCACAUGGGAGUCCCUAGAUUCCAGGCCAUUACCGACAUGGUUUGAUGAAGCUAAAGUGGGAAUCUUUGUGUCCUUGGGACUGUUUUCAGUACCAAGUUUUGGAGACGAGUGGUUUUGGGAAUACUGGCAAAAGGAAAAACGUCCAAAGUAUGUGCAGUACAUGAAGGACAACUAUAAACCUGACUUCACCUAUGCUGACUUCGCUGCUGACUUCACAGCAGAGUUUCAUGAUGCCGACGCUUGGGCUGAAUUGUUUGCUGCUUCUGGGGCUAAAUACAUUGUGUAUAUAACAAAACAUCAUGGAGGGUUUUGCAACUGGCCGACUAAUGUCAGUUUUAACUGGAACUCAAUGCAGGUUGGCCCCAAGAGAGAUCUUGUUGGUGAGAUAACUCAAGCACUGAAAUCAAAGACGGAUCUUCACCUUGGCCUGUACCAUUCCUUGUUUGAGUGGUUCAACCCUCUCUAUCUACAGGACAAGGCCAACAACUACACCACCACCAGGUUUGCUAAGGAAAAGGCUAUUCCUGAGCUGUAUGAGCUUGUGAACAACUACAAACCCGACAUUGUGUGGUCUGAUGGAGAGUGGGAGGCCCCAGACACCUACUGGGGAUCCAAGGAGUUUCUGGCCUGGCUCUACAAUGACAGCCCAGUGAAGGAUACGGUUGUCACCAAUGACCGAUGGGGAAAAGGGGAUGCCUGUCAUCAUGGGGGAUACUUGACAUGCUCAGACAGGUACAAUCCAGGAGUACUUCAGCCAAGAAAGUGGGAGAAUUCAAUGACAAUUGACAAGGAAUCGUGGGCAUUCCGUCGCGAGGCUGUCUUGGAUGAUUAUCUGACCAUGGACGAGAUUAUAACAGUGCUGGUUGAGACUGUCAGCUGCGGAGGGAACCUGCUGAUCAAUGUGGGGGGAACCAAAUAUGGCACGAUCAGUCCGAUCUAUGAAGAGAGAUUGCGUCAGAUGGGACAAUGGCUGAAGGUGAAUGGGGAGGCCAUCUACGCCUCCAGACCCUGGCUGGCCCAGAAUGACACAGUCACACCAGGAGUGUGGUACACGCAGAGAGCUGGGAUCGUGUACGCCAUUGUGCUGAACUGGCCACAACCAGGACAGCUCCACCUUGGGUCAGCUUUGCCAACUAAUGGAACACAGGUCAGCCUCCUUGGGUACACUGGAAGCUUCUCCUGGCAGCAUGCGUCACCCAAAGGAAUCAGUAUCACAAUCCCUCCCAUCACUGUCAACGAGAUGCCAUGUCAGUGGGGAUGGGUCUUCGCACUGACAAAAAUGGUUUGACAACUAGACAAGUCUAUGGAAGAACAUAAACAUAUAUGGUUGACUUGGGAGAAUGGGAUGGGCAUUCCCAAUGAUAUAAUUGGUUGACAAUUAAUGGGAUGAACCUUCAGAAUGGGAUGGGUUUACAUAUAGACAUUAUGUUAUUUAAGUUACAUUUUCUGUGUAACAAAUGAAAGUUGUUCUGAUUAAAUUAAUGCUACUGUGACUGCAUACAUAUAAACAUUAUGGCCACUAUA